AUGGGGAAAAGUGAAGUUCAAGAAUUUUCAACGGCUCCAUACGAUCCCAGAUUUCCAAAUACAAAUCAAACAAGACAUUGUUACAAUUACUUUGUCGAUUAUCAUAGAUGCGCAAAGAAUAAUGGAGACUCGGCGGAAAUAUGUCAGUCAUUUAAAAAAGUCUAUCGUUCGUUAUGUCCAAAUGCAUGGAUUGAAAAAUGGACGACCGAUAUAGAUGAAGGUACUUUUCCAACAAAGAUUUAG